CGUACACAUUUAAUUAAUAAUAAAUCUGUAUCACUGUCAUUGUCGUUACUUAACUCACCCGUUCAACCAAAUCAAAUGUAAACAAACAUUGUCAUCUCUCACUGGCCACUCGAUGACUCGAGUUGUCGCAUCGAAUCAAGUGACGUCUGGAUUUUCUCACAUUGGAAACGUUGUAUGAAGGAUCUUAUCUUGAAGAUUCAUGUAUUAACAUUUGCAAGACGUUACUUUUCUAAAAAUGCUUUGGAAACUGUUUGUUGAAAUUAAUAUACUUGGUAUGGUAAUUGCAAAUAUUUUUGUUGCUUCUACGUAUAAACAUAAUGAUGACAAUUAUGAGUGUAAGCUAGGAGCAAAAACACCAUACAGGUGUAUAGCUAAUUACGAUGAUGCACCAUUAAAAUAUGCAGGCUGUAUACCUAAAAAGAUCUGGUUACUUUUGCGUCAUGGGACACGGUACCCAGGCAGCAAGUACAUACCUCGUAUGAUGGACGAAUUACCACAAUUGCAACAUAUAAUAUUGGAGAAUUAUAAAAAUGGCACAACGAGUCUGUCAGCUGACGAUGCAGUAUUGCUUAAGGAAUGGAGAUUUCCACUUGUUCCAAGCGACAUGAUGAAACUAGCAGCGGAAGGAGAAAAUGAAAUGAAUGAUCUUGCUGAAAGAUACCAAGCAAGGUUCUCAUCAUUGAUGCCAGAUACUUAUAGCAACCAGACAUACAAAUUUAAAUUUACCUCCACUCAACGUACAGAAGAGAGUGCAAAACACUUUGCAAUCGGUUUAUUUGGGUGGCACAAUAGCCAGAAGGUCUGGUAUCCCAAACCAGUGUAUCAAGAUCCAGUGAUAAGAUUUUAUAAGGCUUGUCCUCGCUGGCGACAACAAGUUGAUAAGAAUCCAGACGCGAUGUUAGAGAAAAGAAGAUUUUUGAAUAGCGAGGUUGUUGCAGAUAUGUUGAAUAAUAUUACAAAACGUAUUGCCUACAAAAUCAAUUAUGACACUGCACAUUUAAUGCAUACAAUGUGCGCGUUUGAAACUGCUUGGAAUCAGAGUGAGGUGUCUCCAUGGUGUAAAAUAUUUUCAUUAAAUGAUUUCAGGGUUUUUGAAUAUGCUGAAGAUCUAGAAUUCUAUUGGAUCGAUGGAUACGGUUAUCGAUUAACCUAUGAACAAGCAUGUCCCGCCUUGAAAGACAUGUUUGACUUUUUUACAUCGAAAGAAGAACAAACGGCAAAAGUCCAUUUUACGCAUUCUGGCACGGUUCUGAAAUUAUUAGCUCUACUUGGUGUAGCCAAAGAGGCAUAUCCUUUGAUGCAUGACACUUUUGUAUUGAACGAGAGAAACGAAAGAGCAUGGAGAAGCAGUAUUAUUGAUGCAUUUGCAUCCAACAUAGCAUUUGUUUUAUACGAUUGCUCAUCGCACGGUCCUAGCAUUCUAUUUAUGCUUCAAGAACGGCCAGUAUCUUUGCCGCACUGCCCAAAUGGUGCGCCAUGUCCAAUGUCUAUCAUGAAAACAGCGUACCCAGAUCGUGACGAAGAAUGCCAGUUUGAUGCCAUGUGUCGUAUAGAAAACAAGUUACAUAAUACUGUAUCUUUAUAGGAAAUUCUAAAUGUAUCUCAAACAAUUUCUUAUAUAA